GUGCCCGCUUCCGCGAGAGCGCGGCGGCGGCAGGCGUGGUCUUGCGUGCGCUCCGCCAGGCCGCCGGAUGGGCCGAGGUGAGGGUGGCCAAGCGCGGCGGGAACGAGACGGGACGGGGUGGUGGGUCCUGGCGGCUCACUGGCAGUCGGCGGCGACGCGCGGGCCCUCCGCUCGGGCCCGCCUUUCUCUCCCCUGCGCCCCGGCGGGACCGGGCUGUGCGCACGUAGAAAACAGCUCUGCAAUUGCUAAAAAAGAAGCCCCUGUGUCCUUUGUGACUGCUUGACCUACAAGGUGGGAUCAAACACACUUGUGCUACAGUUUGUCACAGAACUGCAGAAUGGUUGGUGUUGGAAGGCAGCUCUAGAGAUCAUCCAGUCCAACCCCCUGCUAAAGCAGGUUCCUCUCAAUAAGGUUGCACAGGAACACAUCCGGGAUGUUUCGCCUCCGAUUGCUUCCCGCCGCAGCAGGGCUGUCGGCUGUUUUGCGGCGGUACCAUGGCACAGCGCAUCACCCCCGGACCAGGCGUAGGCUUGUGGUGGCAGCUUUCGUAGGGACAACAGCAGCAACAGCAAGUGCCAGAUUCCUUUGGCAGAGAGCUUAUGCAGAAGACUCUUCCUCUGUAAAACAUGAUCCAAGGACAGAGCCAAGUGAGAAGGCGAAGCACGAGGAGGAGGAGGAGAGCAGCAGCAGUGAGGGCAGGAAGGCCGUUGCAUCGGGCGAUGAAGAGGAAGCUCAGCCGGAAGGGAAGAAGAAAAAGCGUUCUGGGUUCAGGGACCGUAAGGUGAUGGAAUAUGAGAACAGGAUCAGAGCCUACUCCACACCAGACAAAAUCUUCAGAUACUUCGCCACUUUGAAAGUCAUAAACGAACAUGGUGAAUCAGAGGUUUUUAUGACACCACAGGAUUUUGUGAGAUCGAUAACGCCUAAUGAAAAACAACCAGAAAACCUGGGCCUGGAUCAGUUUAUAGUGAAACGCUAUGAUGGGAAGAUACGGGUUAAAUUUUCAUCUAAAUUAUUAGCUGAGCUCAUCCCCACUCUGCAGUCACAUACGAUGAAGUUGUCCCAGGAGCGAGAGAAGUUUGCUGAUGAGGACAGCAUAUUUUAUGCACUUGGAGAAUGUGGGCUCAUUUCUUUCUCUGAUUACAUCUUCCUCACAACAGUGCUUUCCACUCCUCAGAGGAAUUUUGAGAUUGCCUUUAAGAUGUUUGAUCUGAAUGGUGACGGCGAGGUGGACAUGGAAGAGUUUGAGCAGGUCCAGAGCAUCAUUCGCUCCCAAACCAGCAUGGGCAUGCGCCACAGAGACCGAUCUACAACGGGGAACACCCUGAAAACUGGCUUCAACUCUGCUCUGACAACAUACUUCUUUGGGGCGGAUCUGAAGGGGAAGCUGACCAUCUCCCACUUCCUGGACUUCCAGCGCAAACUGCAGCAUGACAUUCUGAAGCUGGAGUUUGAGCGGCAUGACCCGGUGGAGGGGCGGAUCACGGAGCGGCAGUUUGGCAGCAUGCUGCUGGCCUACAGCGGCGUGCAGUCCAAGAAGCUCACUGUCAUGCUCAAGCAGCUCAAGAAGCACUUCCAAGAUGGAGAGGGGCUGACUUUUGAGGAGGUGGAGAGCUUCUUCACUUUUCUGAAGAACAUAAAUGACGUGGACACAGCUUUGAGCUUCUACCACAUGGCUGGAGCUUCACUUGACAAAGUGACGAUGCAGCAGGUGGCCAGGACAGUGGCCAAGGUGGAGCUCUCAGACCACGUAUGCGAUGUGGUGUUUGCACUCUUCGACUGCGACGGGAACGGUGAGCUGAGCAACAAGGAGUUUGUUGCCAUAAUGAAGCAGCGCCUUAUGAGGGGCCUGGAGAAGCCCAAGGACAUGGGCUUCACGCGGCUCAUGCGGGCCAUGUGGAAAUGUGCCCAGGAGACAGCGUGGGACUUCACCAUGCCCAAGCAGUAGUGGGGUCAGGCUGGAGCAGCCAGCUUCCCCUGCUCAGCCCUGCCACUGCCCCUGCUGUGGACACCCUGGGGUGGCAACAGGGCUCUGGAGAGCCCGGAGUGUGCAUAACAGGAGAUUUUUGGUUUUGUAAAUUGGAGUUAGAAUUCAAAGCCUGUUGUAUUUGCAGCUUCUGCUUGCCACUGGCCCCUUAAUAUUCCUCUCUCUCAGGAAAAAGGAAAGGACUUUUCUUCCUGUCGCCACCUCCGCCUUGUCCUGCGCCCUGCCUGCAGAGCUGGGCAUCAACCAAGCUGCUGAGGCUGCACCCAAAUCAUUUCUAUUUAAUAUUAUUACAAAGUGGCAUGGGGUUUAUUUUAAUUCUUCAAUUACUCCUAAGAAAAAAGCCGUACAAUUUUUAUGUAGAGGUGGGACCUAGGAGCAGAGGCUGAAGCAGCCUGGUGCUGAGAGCACCCCAGGGCUUUGGUCAGCCAAAUGCUCAGACUGUUGGAGGGCAGAGGAGAUGGGAUGCACCAGCUCAUCUUGAGCAGAGGUGCCGUCUCUGCUGUAAGAGCAAUUACAAGUAGUGGAGCAACUGUUUGUCCCCCCAGUCCUGCCUUGCAGCCACAACCUGCUGCAGCAGGUCUCAUUUUUUAAUGGGGAGCUCUCUCCCUGGGGAACUGCUCCCUGGGGAAUUCUCUAAGGGGCUGCAAGAUGUUUAUUUGAUGAGUACUUUCCUCUCUGUAAAGUGUCAUGUAAAGAUAUUGCUCACACCAACACA